ACAACUUUAAAACUUUUUGUUCCUAUUGGCCUUACACUAUAUUUUAGCUAAUAGAAAUCUUAUACUUCUGGGAAUUCAUUGUACUCUCUUGCAGUUAUAGAACGUCCAGAAACUCAAUGGCAUGUUGAUUGUUGUAUUGGUAUGGGAAAGAGUUACUGCGAAAUGCCAAAAAGCGAAGCUGCCCUUCUUUGGUCCCUUGACACGCUUUACUAUACAUUUAAGCUUAAUUAAAUAUUUGCCGCUAUCGGUAUUAGCUUAACAUGCUGUCCAGUUGUCCAAACGACUUGUGGUUCAGGUGUGUUUGUGUGCGUUAACGAUUUAGAUAUAUGAGGUAUGACAAUGAUGAUGACAUUGCCACGACGAAACAUCCUUUGCCUCGCGUCAGUUGACAGUGAACCGGAGAGACGAGCAAACGUCUCUUAUUCCUUAUCGUAAUUCGUUAACAAGAGUUUCCCCUUUGGACAUGGUUUUAAAACUCUGGGUGGGCAUUUCCCAGGCGGACAACGUAUUCCAAUCGCUACGUCCGCUAACCUACAUCUCUCUGGUGGGUCUGGCACCAUUUCGACUGAAUCUGAAUGCGGACAAGGAAGUGCAUACGUCUACAUACUCCUUUAUUGCCGGCAUUGUGCACUAUUUGUUCUUUGUGGGCUGCUUCAUCUCAUCCAUUCGGGAGGGUGACUCCAUCAUCGGAUACUUCUUUCAGACAAACAUAACGAAACUGAGCGAUAGCACAUUGAGAUUGACAGGUAUCAUUGCCAUGUCCACGAUAUUCGGUUUCGCAAUGUUCAGGCGUCAGAAACUGGUCAGCAUAAUCCAAAACAACAUUGUGGUGGAUGAAAUUUUUGUACGCCUUGGCAUGAAGUUGGACUAUCGACGCAUCUUAUUGUUCAGUUUUCUAAUUUCCCUGGGCAUGGUGAUCUUCAACGUGAUCUAUUUGUGUGUGAGUUUUAGUUUGCUAAUCAGUGCCACAAUUUCGCCAUCAUUUGUCACAUUCAUGGCCUUUGCUCUGCCGCACAUCAACAUUAGUUUAAUGGUCUUCAAGUUUCUUUGCACCACUCACUUGGCGCAAAGUCGAUUUAGCAUGGUGAACGAGAUUCUACAAGACAUUCUAGAUGCCCAUAUUGAACAGAAUGCCGCUCUGGAGUUGUCACCAAUGCAUUCGGCAGUCAAUCACCAGCGUUGUGCGCAUCGUUUACGGAAUAUGAUCAGCACACCAAUGCAACGCUACAGUGUUACCUCGAUUAUACGCCAGAAUCCGGACUACGCCAUGAAACAAGUAUCUAAUAUACACAAUCUGUUGUGCGAUAUUUGCCAGACUAUCGAGGAGUACUUCACCUAUCCGCUGUUGGGCAUCAUUGCCAUCUCAUUUCUAUUUAUACUCUUUGAUGAUUUCUACAUUUUGGAAGCGAUGAUGAAUCCCAAGCGCUUGGAUUACUUUGAAGCCGAUGAGUUCUUUGCCUUCUUCUUAAUCCAAAUGAUAUGGUACAUUGUCAUCAUUUUCCUUAUUGUGGAGGCCAGCAGUAAAACCAUCAGGCAUAGCAGCUAUAGUGCAGCCAUUGUUCACAAGAUUCUAAAUAUUACCGAUGAUCUGGAACUGCGCGAUCGUCUCUUUCGCUUGUCUCUUCAGUUGUCGCAUCGCAAAGUUAGCUUCACGGCCGCAGGAUUGUUUCGCUUGGAUCGUACGCUUAUAUUUACGAUAACUGGCGCAGCCACUUGCUACCUCAUCAUACUUAUACAGUUUCGAUCCAUGCAUGAAACUCAAUCUGCCACUAAUGCUACAAACAAUAUGUAACAAUUUCGAAGUUGACUCAAACUAUUUAUGUAUGUGCUGCAUCCUAUUUUAUGAAA